AUGUCGGCAUGCGCACUACGAGCCGCCCGAUCGCGACGGCCCCUCCGAGCCCCGGCUCCGGCCCCGGCGCAAACAUCGGCCACGCCUCUCCGAGUUAUGACGGAUUUUCGCGGCCAGCACAGCCAGCCAUUGAUCAGCCACUCUUUCAAGCGAGGCUUCCACAAUUACUUCGUGACCCACCUACCUUCGUCGUCAUUACACCCGGACUCCCGGUCGUCAGCCGGCCCCGGUCAUAAGCUACCCAGGUCCGCCUCGACACCCCACACCCCGGCGCCGGGGUCCGCUCCGGCCGUGGCGCCUCCGAACAUGCCCAGCCGCGACCUGACAGUCGUCCGAAUACCGCUCCGAAGCGCCAAGCACCACUUCGGCGUCUCCGAGUCCCGCGGACAGCGCUGCUACAACGAGGAUACAAACCAGGCCGGCACCAUUCGCAUUCCCGCUUUUGCAAAGAGAGUGCCCGUCAGUUUGGUGCGCCACCAGGCCGCAAAAACAGCCGGAGAGGGCACCAGCGCCGACAGCGCCCUAGGGGAUCCGCAGAUCUUCUACUUUGGCGUCUUCGAUGGCCACGGCGGCAGCGAGUGUAGCCAAUUCUUACGGGAGGAGUUGCACGGGUACAUCGAGGAGGCCGCUGCCGAGUUUGGGCUAGAGAGCAGUCUCAAGAGGGACCCCGGGGCUCCCGACUCGAUGAGGGAUCCGGAAACCAUAUUUGGCCAGCGGGAUCCCGCACCACAAUUCCCGGGCGAAACCCAAGGUCAAAGUCAAGACGCCACCGCCGACGCCGGCUUGGAAGGGCUCCGGCUACAAUCCUCGCUCCUCGCCGAAUACAAGCGCACCAUCGGCGGUUACUUCCGCCGCUUUCGCCCCAACUACUUCACCGCCCCCAUGGCCCCGUCCAUGCGCGACCCCUCCUCCUCCUCCCUAUCCGAUCCGCCAUCCUCCCUCUCCGACCCCGCCACACACACCUCCCAACAACUCUCUCAACCGUCUCUCCCAUCUCUCGAAUCGGUCCUCAUCUACGCCUUCCUCCGCGCCGACCUCGACUUCGUCACCGCCCAAGCGCGCAAACCCGACCCCGACGACCCCUACAUCUCCGACAUCCCCCUCAACGAAGACGAAAUCCUCGGCUCCCCGCACCUCCCUCCCUCCGGCCACGGCAUCGGCGGGCCCGCACGUUUCAAAGGCGGCCGCGCCUUUGGCGACAUGCAGAGCAAGCGCAUCGGCGUGUCGGCCGAGCCGGACGUCGUGCGCGUGGCGCUACGCCCGGCCGAGUUUGCCUUCCUGGUGCUGGUCAGCGAUGGGGUCAGUGGGUCGCUGGGGGAUCAGGAGAUCGUGGAUGUGGUGAAGGAGGCGGCCACGCCGGAGGAGGGGGCAAGGAAGGUGGUCGAGUAUGCGACCGAGGUGUCGGCGGAUGGGGAUAAUGCGACGUGCUUGGUGGUGAGGCUCGGGGGGUGGGAGAGGAGGAGUGAGGGUGGCGUGGGGAGCUUGGGGACCAGGGAGGUGAGGGAGAUGAGGAGGGCUGAGGCGGCGGAUCCGAGGAGGAGGGGGAGGUAG